UGCAAGGGACAAAAUGGCAGCCGCCCUCGUCUCCGUCUCCCUCAGAGAACCGCCAGGACGUGCGCAGCGAGGGGACGGAAAUGGUUCUGCUGCGCACGCGCACGCGCACAAAGAGUCCCCCGGAAGCCGCCCGGCAACCAGUACGCAUGCGUCUGUUGUUGUACGGGAAACUCGAGGCUUCACCAAUCAUUUUGCCUUGUCGUAUCUCUUCCUGUUAGUAUGGCACAUGCGCAGAAGAAGUACAUCAUGCGCUUGUCUACCAGGAUUCAAGUUAGUUUCUGAUAAUGGUGGAUCUUCUAUAACUUGUGAAAAAUGUCCAGAAAGCACGAGUGGAGUUACUCAAGAUGGAUGGGACUGCAUUACUUGUCCUAAAGGCUUAACUAGUGAAGGAAAAUGUAAAUGCCCUGUUAAUGAGAUAUUGGUGGAAAGAGACACCAAUGGUGCAUUGUUGGCAGAUGCAUUAUGUAUUCAAUGUGAUGGGAAAGGGAAGUCAUUUGCUACCUCAAAUGCAUUAAAUAACAUGUGUAUAAGAUGUGAACCAACAUUCAUCAGUGUAAACAAGUCAUGUAGCUGUUCUGAGCCCAAUAUUUUAACAGGAGGUUUAUGCUUCAGGAGUACUGGGAAUUACCCCCCAAAGGGAAUUGCAACAGUACGCUUUGGAAAGCUAGGCAUCACCUUGAUAUCAGCAUGGUUUUCAAAAAACCUACAAGCGUCAGCAGCGGCUUGCUGGCUGUACUCCAACCUUACAUCUUGCCAAACACUUGGAAAUAUGUGUGUGAUGAACAUGAAUAGUUUGAGCUCUGCCAGCACAGAUGCAUGUGGUCUUUUUCAGUACGUUUUUGCAAAUACUGCUGGACUUGGUACUGUUCAUUCCAUAUCAUUUUGGAGACAGAACCUUCCAUGGCUAUAUUAUGGUGACCAGCCAGGAUUAGCAUCACAGGUCCUUGACACAACCCAGUUUCCUGCUAGUUUCACUUUUAAAGGAACAAACAAAAAUAUAAAAUUGCAGUUUAUUGCUGCUUCAUAUGAUGCAGGGGGAAAUUUUCUUAAAUGGCAGUAUUUAGAAGGUGGUGUUUUGCAGCUUUGCCCAGAUACGCUAACUAAACUGAAUGCUGCUUUCAUUUUUGGGACAACUUAUCAACAAAAAUGUACAAUAUCAGUUUCCAAAAUUUUAAAGGAUUAUUCUAAUCCUAUAUUUUAUGAUGUGUUCCUUGAAUAUUAUGAUGAAGAAGAUGGACAACAGUACCUUUGGGCAGUGCCAGUGUUAAACUUAAAUCUUCAGUAUAAUGAAAUGUUUGUGAACCGAGGUAGCAAUAUGAACAAUUGGCUUUUGACACGUCGAAUGUUUUUGGUGGAUACUUUAAGUGGACAAGAAAAUGACUUAGGAAACCAGCCAAGAAUAAUCAGAAUUGCUAGUGAAAUAACAAUAAGUAUUCGUCUUGUGCCUAACACUCAGAGAGGAGCCAUUUAUCCCCCUCUGAUUACAAUUGCGUACAGUGAUGUUCUGGUUCAGAAUCCCAGUGCUGAGAAUGUGGUGGUUUCCUUCUCAGUCAACUAUGAAAUGAACCAGUCAGAGGCUCGCAUUCAGACUGAUAUAGCUCUAGGUGUUUUGGGUGGCCUGGCAGUUCUAUGGUCCCUUCUCAAGACAGCUGGCUGGAAGAGACGUAUAGGGAGCCCCAUGAUUGACCUCCAGACAGUUCUGAAGUUCUUGCUAUUCUACUCUGGUGACCUUGCAAAUGUUUUCUUCAUCAUCUCAGUGGGAACAGGGAUAUAUUGGCUUAUAUUUUUCAAAGCACAGCAGUAUGUCUCUGUUCUCUUACCAUUACCAAGUCAAGAAGACAAUUUUGUUUCUUACAUUGGAUGUGCUUUUGCUCUUAAGGCACUGCAGUUUUUGCAUCUGCUUGUUUCCCAACUUACGGUAGAUAUCUUUUUCAUCGACUGGGAGCGCCCUAAAGGAAAAGUUCUUAAAGCAGUUGAAGGAGAAAAUGGCGUAAGAAGUAUUUCUGCACCUGUCAGCAUAUGGAGAACGUAUUUCAUAGCAAAUGAGUGGAAUGAAAUUCAAACCAUCAGGAAAAUAAAUCCUCUCUUCCAAGUGCUUGCUAUUCUCUUCUUCUUAGAGGUUGUGGGGUUUUCAAAUCUGGCCUUAAUGGAUUCUUCUUCCAGUCUUAAAAGGAGCCCAGAAAGUUACAUAGCUCCCUGGAGUCGUAUUCUGAGAUUUGGCGUGUCUGCUGUCCUUUGGCUAGUGAUUGCCAUAAUACAGGUGAUAUACUUUUCUGUCUUCUAUGAAAGAUUUAUAGAAGAUAAGAUAAGGCAGUUUGUUGACUUGUGCUGUAUGAGCAAUAUUUCAGUCUUUCUGUUGUCACACAGAUGCUUUGGGUAUUAUAUUCAUGGUCGGUCUGUGCAUGGGCAUUCAGAUACCAAUAUGGAAGAGAUGAAUAUGAACCUAAAGAGGGAAGCGGAAAAUCUGUGUAGUCAAAGAGGCUUGUUACCAAACACAGAUGGUCAGACUUUUCAGAUUUCCAUUUCAAGCAAGAUGAGGCAGCAGUAUGACAGGAUCCAUGAAACAUUAACAAGGAAACAGGGUCCUGUUAGACUUUUGAAUUCAUCUGCGACUACAUUUGAGCAGAGUACUAAAGCAUAUCAUACCAUGAAUAAAUUUCUAGGCUCAUUUAUUGAUCAUGUUCAUAAGGAGAUGGAUUACAUUGUAAAGGACAAAUUGCUGCUGGAGAAAAUCCUUGGAAUGGAGUUCAUGGAACCAAUGGAAAAGAGCAUCUUUUACAAUGAUGAAGGACAUUCUUUCAGUGAUGUGCUGUAUUAUGGCAAUGAAGCCACACUUCUCAUCUUCGACAUGCUGUUUUUCACCAUCGUGGAUAUGGCCACCCAAAGUUUUGUUUUAGCAGCUGUCCUGACGUAUUUGCAACAAGAGAUUUUUAGGUUCAUUCGUAAUACAGUUGGACAGAAGAAUUUGGCAUCUAAAACUUUGGUGGAUGAAAGAUUUCUUAUAUGAAAAGACUUCCUGGGAACUAAUUACGGCUUUAAAAUGACACACAUACACAAAGGAUUUGCUUGCAGUACUUUGUAAAUAUUCAUGUGUAGAAUCUUUCUUUCAUAUUGUGUACUUGAAAACUGCUGUUUUGGAUUAAAUAAAUUUGUACUUGUAA